GUUUGGGUCUGAAGAAGUAUAUAUUGAUUGCUUGGACUCCAAUAUGCAGUGGUGUUCAGAGGUGGGGUCUUUUUGAGGUGACUGGUGACUCUAACUUCAUCAGCAGAUUGGCCAUUGAUAGAGUCACAGCUUAACUGUCUAUUGGGAGUUAGUGGCAGCUUAGGGAAUUGGGACCUACCUCAAAGAAGUAUAUCAUUUAGGGGUUCUCUUAAUUUAUCCAUUUCCCUCCCCUUGUUUUUGCUUCCUGGCCACCAUGAGGUGUGAGUAGCCUCCUCCAGCAUAUGCCAGGAUUUCCCAAGGAUGGACCCCAAAGUGACAGAGCCAACCAUAGACUCAAACCUCAAAAACCACCAUCCCAAAAUAAGCCCUCCAGCCUUCAAGUUGAGUUCUUUCAGGUGUUUUAUUACAGUAACAGAAAGCUAGUGGAGAAUGAGAGAUACUUCCUCCUGGGUUGCGUCAAGUAAUGCGUUUCAGGCAGGACUUCCAGAAUUGUGUCCGCUUUGGUGUACCGUGACAGCGAGUAUGGGAUGUUAGUGUGUCUCAGUACUGGUGACGGCGACUUGGAUGGCAUGAUUUAGAUGCUGUCCACCAGCUUUCUCCACAGUGAAGUUGUUUUUUCCAAAAGCCAUGUUUGCAAAUGGCAAGUGCGCAAGCAAUUACAUGGGUGAACAAACCUGCCACAGACUUCCUCAUUUCUAGAAAGGGAGAUUUUCAUCUCUUCCUUCGCAUCCCUUCCCCAGGUUGAGGCUUGUAAUAAUUGGUAGAAUGGUAGGGCAGGAAGAGGCAGAAGGUCACAUGUAUGUUGGUUUGACAAAUGGGUGGCACUUCCAGCUGAAGGUGUGUGUUGCUACCAGGCUUGCUUGUAUUAUCAGCAAAAUGCCUUCCUUCAACUUUCUUUCCAAUCUUCUGAGCAAGUAGUCUUGGUUGGUUUGUCGUUGUAAAAUCUUACAAGAUUGUUAUAUUUUUAACAAAGAAAGGAAAGAGAAAGCAUCGAUUUAGAGGCUUUGGCAGGCGACAGAAUACUAAUCCAAUAGUUUCUUAAAACUGCAUAACUUUAUUUGCUCUUUACUAUAACUGUGUGAACAUUUUCUUUUCCAUAAUAGCAAUUAUUUUUUUCUUUCACCCUAAAAGGAGCUCAAAUAAACGAGUCUAUUCAGGAAAAAAUUUAAGCAGUUGAAGGAUGAAUUCUUUCCCAUGGGGUAGACUAGCGCCACCCCCGGGGAAUACUGGCUUCUCUCUGACAGCCCGCCGCCGCCAGUUGAGCAUUCCAAGCUUGGGACAAGCCCUGGCGGGGUUCUCCAAAGGCCGUGCAAAAAGACUUGCGCAUGCGCCUCAGCGACCCAGUACUGUUUGUCCGUUUCCAUGGCUACGAAGCCCAUCAGCUUGGACGAGUAAGAAAAUGAAGCUCAAGAGCCUCUUGCUUCGGUAUUACCCACCAGGAAUUAUGCUGGAAUACGAAAAAGGUGGAGAACUAAAGACCAAAUCCAUAGAUUUGCUUGAGCUCAGUCCAAGUACUGAUGUCAACACCUUAGUAGAAGAGAUCCAGAAAGUGGAGCCUCUGAUCACAGUGUCUCGAACACAGCAAGUCAGACUCCUGGUCCAGCGGCUGCAGGAGAAACUUAGGCAGCAUUGUGACCACAACUUCUACUUGUUCAAGGUUCUCAGAGCACACAUAUUGCCGUUGACCAAUGUGGCGCUCAACAAAGCAGGCUCCUGCUUCAUCACAGGAAGCUAUGAUCGGACGUGCAAGGUGUGGGACACUGCAUCUGGAGAGGAGCUGCACACGCUGGAGGGCCACAGGAACGUGGUUUAUGCCAUAGCCUUCAACAAUCCUUACGGUGACAAAAUUGCCACUGGGUCCUUUGACAAGACCUGUAAACUCUGGAGUGCAGAGUCGGGAAAGUGUUACCACACCUUCAGGGGCCACACGGCAGAGAUCGUGUGUUUAUCAUUCAACCCACAAAGUACAGUGGUUGCUACUGGAAGUAUGGAUACCACGGCCAAAUUAUGGGACAUUCAGAAUGGAGAGGAAGUGGUCACUCUAACAGGUCAUUUGGCAGAAAUCAUUUCCUUGUCAUUUGACACCUCAGGAGACAGAAUUAUCACAGGGUCCUUUGACCACACAGUUGUAGUAUGGGAUGCCAGUACUGGAAGGAAGGUGCACACUUUAAUUGGCCACUGUGCGGAGAUCAGCAGUGCCUUGUUCAAUUGGGAUUGCUCUCUGAUAUUGACAGGCUCCAUGGACAAGACUUGCAUGUUGUGGGAUGCUACAAGUGGGAAAUGUGUAGCAACCUUAACAGGCCACGAUGAUGAAAUACUAGACAGCUGCUUUGAUUACACAGGAAAACUUAUUGCAACAGCUUCUGCUGAUGGGACGGCAAGAGUUUACAAUGCAACCACAAGAAAAUGCAUAACCAAACUGGAAGGCCAUGAAGGAGAAAUCUCAAAGAUCUCUUUCAAUCCCCAAGGAAACCGACUCCUGACAGGCAGCUCUGAUAAGACAGCCAGAAUCUGGGAUGUUCAGACUGGCCAGUGCCUCCAGGUCUUGGAGGGGCACACUGAUGAAAUAUUUUCAUGUGCUUUCAACUACAAAGGAAAUAUAGUCAUUACAGGUAGCAAGGACAAUUCCUGCAGGAUAUGGCAUUGACUGAAGGGCUUUGCUGUGGAGCAGGGCUGUUGGCAACAGUGAUCAAGACCUUGAACUCCCAGAGAACAAGUGAGCCUAUUUCCUCUGCUUCCUUUUUGUGUACAACUCACCCAUGGAGCAGCCUGUCCUUCACCUACAGAGAUGACCGUGAAAACUGAUGAACUUACAUCAUUUCUUGAUGUUAUCUGAGGUGAUGACAGGAACAAGCAUAAUCUGGUAAAUGUCACUGAUUGUUUUAGGUUUCAGUAGCAUCAGGAUACUGAUAAAUGGAGUCAGAGUGCCUUUACAGUACUUCUAGAUUCUAGAAUCUUCUAGAUUCUACCUGAAGGUUGAUGUUACAGUUUCUCUUCAAUAAAGCUUUUAGACAAAA